AUGAAUAUCAACAGACUUAUAGCUUUAUCUAAAUCUCUUAAAUUUGGAAAGAUUUUAACAUCUAACGCAAGACAUGCGACGAAAGAAGUCACCUUACCUCACCGAACCAUCAGAACUCAUGCUAGGAAUCUGGGCUACGCCAAGGACCUGUUCCUUGGCAAAGUAAACAAAGCAGAGUGCUUCCCCUAUCCAGAGAUUGGAAAUGAAGAGCUGGAGGAGAUCAACUCGUUUGUUGCUCCGGUAGAGCAAUUCUUCACUGAAGAGGUGGACUCCAAGCGUAUCGACCAUGAAGCUAAGAUUCCUCCAGAGACUCUGAACGGACUGAAGGAGCUGGGACUGUUCGGUAUCCAGGUGCCUGAGGAGUAUGGUGGCCUGGGUCUGUCCAACACCAUGUAUGCCCGACUCGGAGAGAUCAUCUCUCUGGAUGGAUCCAUAGCAGUUACACUGGCUGCCCACCAAGCCAUCGGACUCAAGGGGAUCCUGAUAGCCGGUAGUGAGGAGCAGAAGACUAAAUAUCUCCCCAAGCUGGCUUCAGGAGAACAUGUAGCAGCCUUCUGUCUCACUGAGCCUGGCAGUGGGAGUGAUGCUGCGUCCAUUCAGACCAAAGCCACCCUAUCAGAAGACAGGAAAACAUACCUGCUCAACGGGUCAAAGAUCUGGAUCUCCAACGGGGGGUUUGCAGACCUGCUGACGGUGUUUGCUCGUACGGAGGUGGUAGGAGAGGAUGGAGUGAAGAAAGAUAAGAUCACUGCCUUCAUCGUAGAGCGAGCCUUCGGAGGGAUCACCAGCGGAAAACCAGAAGACAAACUAGGCAUUAGGGGGUCUAACACAUGUGAAGUGUCGUUCGACAACUGUCCAGUCCCUGUGGAGAAUGUAAUAGGAGAAGUAGGAGGAGGCUUCAAGGUAGCGAUGAACAUCCUCAACUCUGGCAGGUUCAGUAUGGGCAGCGCCGGCUCUGGAAUGAUCAAGAAGCUCAUCGAGAUGACAGCAGAGUACGCUGGCAGCAGGAAACAGUUUGGUAAGAACCUCAGUGAGUUUGGGAUGAUCCAAGAGAAGUUUGCGGUGAUGGCCCAGAAUGCAUUUGUGAUGGAGAGCAUGGCGUACCUGACGGCUGGGAUGAUGGAUCGACCGGGGGUCCCUGACUGUUCUCUAGAGGCUGCUAUGGUUAAGGUGUUCAGCUCUGAGGGAGGCUGGAUCUGUGUGUCUGAGGCUCUGCAGGUUCUAGGAGGGCUGGGCUACACUAAGAACUAUCCCUACGAACGCUACCUCCGAGACUGCCGUAUCCUGCUCAUCUUCGAGGGCACCAAUGAGAUCCUGAGGAUGUACAUAGCUCUGACUGGGAUGCAGUACGCUGGAAAAAUACUGACAGGCAAAAUCAAGGAGAUGAAGAAGGGGAAUGUGGGUGUGGCCUUGGAGAUGUUGGGCAGGAAGUUGGGAGACGCGUUUGGGAGGAAGGUGGACCUUGGACUGACUGGGAUGGAUGGGGUGGUGCAUCCUGGUCUGGCGGACAGUGCCAAGAAACUGGAGCAGAACGUGGCCCAUUUUGGCUCCACAGUGGAGAACCUGCUGUACAGAUAUGGAAAGACGAUAGUAGAGGAGCAGCUGAUCCUAAAGCGUGUUGCUGACGUCCUGAUCAACCUGUACGCCAUGACAGCCGUCCUAUCACGAUCUAGUAGAUCUAUCUCUAUAGGGCUCAGGAACCACGACCAUGAGGUGCUGCUGGCGAACACUUUCUGCACCGACGCCUUCUUCAAGAACAACUACUGGAUGACUCAGCUACAGAAAAAUUCUCCUGAGAACCAAGAUGAGAACAUUAAGAAGAUCGCCAGGGAGGUUCUGGAGAAGAGAGCCUAUGUCUGUUCCCACCCUCUGGACAGAACCUUCUAGAACCUGAACAGAAUAACAGAACUCUGUGACUGGAGGAGACAUGGUGUCCUAUUGCCUAUGCAGUGCACUACUUUGGGCCAGAGCCAUAUGUAGCAACCUAAAAGUAGGGCACUGUAAAGGCAUUAGGGGGCCACUAGAGACUGACCUCGGGGUCCUGUGACCCUAAAGUUCCAUCCAUGGCUACAUGCCUCUACUCUUGUAUUUUGAACGAGCAAUAACUAACUCCUCAGUUCUGAAGCAACUCUUGAUAUGAUGUUAAUUUAAUUCUGUAUAUCAUUUCUAUCUAUGAUUGACUAUAAUGAGCUUGUUUUACUGAUGGUACUUUGGUUGAAGUGAACAGUGGUUGUAGGUUACUGGCCUUUCUAUUAAAGUGUAGGUUUUCUUCAUA